AUCGUCAAUGAAUCGACAGCUAGGAUGUCACAGGUCACCAACUAACUUGCCAGCGCCAGUGAAUGCGCUGCAAGAUUCCGGUGUUUUUUUCUAAAAUAAAGUAAGAUAGACAAAUAGACAACGAUGUUGAGGGCACCAGUUAGUCGCGCUGCAGUGUUAACAAGGCAGUUGCUUGCCCCAGUCACUAGUAUACGGUAUCAGUCCACUGCACCUCCAGAAAAAGUUGAAGUGUUUGUUGAUGGAAAAUCUGUGCUGGUUGAUCCAGGCACAACUGUUUUGCAGGCAUGUGCAAUGGUUGGUGUUGAAAUCCCGCGUUUCUGCUACCAUGACAGACUCUCUGUUGCCGGGAAUUGUAGAAUGUGCUUAGUUGAGGUUGAGAAAUCCGCAAAGCCUGUUGCUGCUUGUGCAAUGCCUGUAAUGAAGGGCUGGAGCAUCAAAACAAAUUCAGAGUUGACAAAGAAGGCAAGGGAAGGUGUAAUGGAAUUCCUAUUGGUCAAUCAUCCUUUAGAUUGUCCAAUUUGUGAUCAGGGUGGUGAGUGUGAUCUACAAGACCAGUCAAUGGCAUUUGGAAGUGAUAGGAGUCGAUUUGAAGACAUCAAUUUCACAGGCAAGCGGGCAGUUGAAGACAAAAACAUUGGUCCGUUAGUCAAAACCAUUAUGACCAGAUGUAUACAUUGCACAAGAUGUGUAAGGUUUGGGAGUGAGGUUGCUGGAGUAGAUGACCUGGGCACCACAGGUCGUGGUGGCAAUAUGCAAAUCGGUACAUAUGUUGAGAAAAUGUUUGAGUCAGAGCUUUCUGGUAAUGUUAUAGACCUUUGUCCAGUGGGGGCAUUGACGUCCAAACCAUACGCCUUCACUGCCAGACCCUGGGAAACUCGUAAGGUGGAAUCCAUCGAUGUUUUGGAUGCUGUUGGCUGCAACAUUACUGUUAGCACCAGAGCUGGAGAGGUCAUGAGAAUUCUGCCUAGAUUACAUGAGGAUAUCAACGAAGAAUGGAUUUCUGACAAAACACGCUUUUCAUAUGAUGGGCUAAAGAGACAACGGUUGACAGUUCCUAUGGUGAAGGAUGCGGAGGGAAAUUUGGUAGCAAGUACGUGGGAAGAUGCUUUGCCAGCAGUUGCUUCGCAGCUUAUCAGUACAAGUGGAAGUGAGAUAUCUGCCAUUGCCGGGGGACUUGUUGAUGCCGAGGCUUUGCUAGCAUUGAAGGAUCUUUUAAAUAGAUUUGGAUCCGAGGCACUCUGUACGGAAGAGGUUUUCCCAAUGGAUGCAGCUGGCACUGACUUUCGCUCAAACUAUUUGUUGAACACUGGUAUUGCAAAGGUUGAAGAUGCUGAUGUAUUACUAUUAGUUGGCGUAAAUCCUAGAUAUGAAGCACCACUGUUCAACGUACGUGUUCGCAAAAGUUGGCUGCAUAAUGAUCUGAGCGUCGCUAUGGUUGGUGAAAAGGUGGAUCUCACUUAUACAUAUGAACAUCUUGGAGACACAACAGAUAUUCUUGCUCAGUUAGCUAAAGGAACCCAUCCAUACAACAACGUGCUAGCCCAGGCUAAGAACCCAAUGAUAGUAAUUGGCAGUGGGGCACUGCAGAGGGAAGAUGGGGCUGCCAUCCAUGCUAACUCAACUACAAUUGCUCAGCAUGUGCGCCAGAAUAGUGCAGUUGAAGAUGACUGGAAAGUAUUGAAUGUGUUACACAGGGUUGCCAGCCAAGUAGCAGCAUUAGACCUAGGCUAUACAGCUGGUGUAGAUCAUAUCAGAAACAGUGCACCUAAGUUACUUUUCCUGCUUGGUGCUGAUGAAGAGACAAUCUCCCGGGCUGACCUUCCUAAAGAUACUUUCAUUGUUUACAUUGGUCAUCAUGGUGACAGUGGGGCAUCGAUGGCUGAUGUUGUCUUACCUGGAGCUGCCUACACAGAAAAGAUUUCCACAUACGUGAACACAGAAGGAAGGGCUCAGCAGACAAGGGUUGCAGUCUCACCUCCAGGCUAUGCAAGAGAAGAUUGGAAAAUCAUUAGGGCAUUGUCAGAGGUUGCUGGUGAACCGCUGCCAUAUGACGACCUUGAAGAACUGAGGUUAAGAAUGACACAGGUGUCGCCUAAUCUCACCAGAUAUGGUGAUGUCGAGGAAGCCAAUUUCUUUGCUCAAGCACAGGCACUUUCCAUGAAUGUUAAAAAACAGCUCUCAAGCAAUCCUCUCACCAGCAAACAAAAGGUUCUACAAGAUUUCUACAUGACCGACCCAAUUAGCCGCGCUUCGCAAACAAUGGCCAAGUGUGUCAAAGCAGCCACAUCUGUCAAGAAAUCAUAGCCCAUAAGAUACUAUCUAUUAAUAAAGUUUUAACAAAAUAAACUAUAUAGUAUUUCUAUCAGUGGAUCUACAUUUUUAUUCAAGCAAAUUAGGAGCAUUGUGUAAGGGUUGUUACCACAAUUGUUUUUGUUGAGACAGACAAAAAUCUAAUGCUCUUGUCACUUGUCUACUCCUAGAUGGUGUUUUGCUUCUUCUGACAAAAGUUUGUCAAACUUCUUUGCAAUUAUCUAGCAUAAUGAGGAAUGAAACUUUAAAUGUGUGAUAUAUUAUUUUGCUUGAAAACAAAUUCUCUAACUAUAAAUACAGUUAAUGAAUGAAUAUGAUCAAUAUUAGGAAACUUUAAUUAAAUUUACAUAAAACUUCUGAUACUGAAUCUAAAGACAGAGAAUUUGCAAUAGACAUUCUUGUAUAUAUCCAGUUAUUAGUGCAAAUUGGAGAGUUUCUUGAUGUGGUUACAUGAAUAAAUCAGGAAUUCAAUCGUU